AUGUCCUCCCUUCCACUAGUCAUCGUUCUUGGUGCUACGGGGCGCACAGGGAAGGUUAUUAUUGAUGCGCUUCUAGAAAGUGGGAAUUUUAGGGUCGGUGCUAUCACUCGAACGGUCUCGGUGUCCAGGCCUGAGGUGGAGGCUUUGCGUGUGAAAGGUGUCGAGAUUCGAGCGGCCGACAUCAGUUCGGACGGUGUCGAGACAUUGAAGGAGACUCUUUCUGGCGCAGAGGUGCUCAUAAGCGCUGUUUCCGGGGUGGUAAUCAGCGACCAAAAGUCCAUUAUUGCUGCAGCGAAGGAGGCAGGCGUAAAACGAGUCAUUCCAUGUGACUUUGGAACGCCGGGCUCGCGGGGAGUAAGGGAAUUGCACGACUCUAAACUAGACAUCCGCGAGUACAUCCAGAAGUUGGGCAUCGGUUACACUUUUAUCGACGUUGGCUGGUGGAUGCAACUCACUAUUGUUGGGACCGAUACCCAUCCUUCCUUCGUUGGCCCUAGGUCCCAUGAGAUAUACGGCGCUGGAGACAAGAAACUCCUGCUUACCGAUCUCAAUCAUAUUGGGCGAUUUGUGGCGAAAAUUGUGAUCGACAAGCGCGCUCUCAAUCAAUAUGUAAUUGUAUGGGAAGACGAAAAAACCUUCUUGGAGGCUAAGGAGAUCUCGGAGAGGGUUUCUGGGGAGGGUGAGACGCUCAAGGCCAAACGCAGCUAUAUAUCUCGCGACGAGGUCAUCCAGCGUGGAGAAAUAGGGAGAGCAAAUGAGAAGCCGAAUGACGAAGCCUCUUAUUAUCCUCGUAUCAUAUCCGAAUACAUUAUAAGCCUGCAUUUCCUGGGAGAGAAUUCGCUCGAGAAUGCGAAAGCCCUCGGUGCACUUGACGCUAAGGAGCUUUAUCCUGAUGUUGCGACGAAUUCGUUCGAAGAGUAUGCGAGCAAGUUCUACUCUUCUUAA